AUGGCGCCCAUCGCCCUCUCCCCACCCACAUCGCCGACCACCUCCCACGCACAACCCGCCUCGGAUCUGUCUAGCUAUCGAGGCUACCACCAUGUGCACUGGUACGUCGGAAACGCCAAGCAAGCAGCGGCAUACUAUGUCUCGCGCAUGGGCUUCGAGCGCGUCGCAUACCGAGGCCUAGAGACCGGCUCUCGCGCCAUAGCCUCGCACGUUGUGCGGAACGGCAACGUCACAUUCGUGCUCACCUCCCCGCUGCGAUGCCUCGAGCAUGCGGCCCAGUUCCCCGAGGAGGAACGGCGACUGCUAGAGGAGAUACACGCGCACCAGGAGCGACAUGGCGAUGCCGUGAAAGAUGUCGCCUUCGAGGUCGACUCCGUCGACGCAGUCUACAGCUCCGCCGUCGCCAAAGGUGCCGUCUCCGUCUCCGCGCCCAAGACCAUAUUCGACAAAAACGGCAGCGUCAAGCUCGCCACGAUCCGCACCUACGGCGACACGACGCACACGCUCAUCGAAAAGGCCUCUUACCGCGGCGCCUUCCUCCCCGGCUACCGGCCCGAAACCUCCACCGACGCCCUCUCUCGCUUCCUGCCCAGCGUAACCCUCGAAGCAAUCGACCACUGCGUCGGCAACCAAGACUGGGACUCGAUGGAAGACAUCUGCAACUACUACGAGAACGUGCUCGGCUUCCACCGCUUCUGGAGCGUGGACGACAAGGACAUCUGCACGGACUACUCGGCGCUGAAAUCCAUCGUCAUGGCGAGCCCGAACGAGCUGGUCAAGAUGCCCAUCAACGAGCCGGCGCAGGGCAAGAAGCAGAGCCAGAUCGAGGAGUACGUCGCCUUCUACGGCGGCGCGGGCGUGCAGCACAUCGCGCUGCGCACCACCGACAUCAUCGCCGCCAUCACCAACCUCAAGGCCCGCGGCGUCGAGUUCAUCAAGGUGCCCGGCACGUACUACGACGCCAUGGCCGCGCGGCUCAAGAAGUCGGGCCUCAGGCUCGAGGAGGACUUCGAGGUCCUCAAGAGUCUGGAUAUCCUCAUCGACUUCGACGAGGGCGGCUAUCUGCUCCAGCUGUUUACUAAGCAUCUCAUGGACCGCCCGACGGUGUUCGUGGAGAUUAUCCAGAGGAAUAACUUUGACGGGUUUGGGGCGGGGAAUUUUAAGAGUCUGUUUGAGGCUAUUGAACGCGAGCAGGCGGAACGGGGCAACUUGGUUUGA